CCUGCGGCUCGGCCCGCCUUCUCCGCUCCGGCCACACCCCCGACGCUGGCCACGCCCCUAUCCCCUCCUCUCUACUUUGGUCUAGGGUGCGGGAAGGCCCGCCCCUUCUUCACCUGAAGCUGGUGGUGCUAUGAUCUCGCUGUAGAGCCAAAGACACUGUGGUUGUUUGUGGCACUGUGGGAAGGAGCUCUAGGCUAGUGGGAUGCGUUUUUUGAGGGGACUCGUGCUGUCACGAGCCAGCCCGGCAAGGGGGGAUGCCCUGUAUAACGGGUUGACCUUUGACAUCCCAGGCAUUGGUAACUCCGUUUAUUUAUAGACGGCAUCGAGAACCUUCCCUGUGAACUUCAGAGGAACUUCCAGCUGAUGCGAGAGCUAGACCAGAGAACCGAAGAUAAGAAAGCGGAGAUCGACAUCCUGGCUGCGGAGUAUAUUUCCACAGUGAAGACUCUUUCGUCAGCCCAGCGUGUGGAGCACCUUCAGAAGAUCCAGAGCGCCUACAGCAAGUGCAAGGAGUACAGUGAUGACAAGGUGCAGCUGGCCAUGCAGACCUACGAGAUGGUGGAUAAACACAUCCGAAGGCUCGAUGCUGACCUGGCACGCUUUGAGGCCGACCUGAAGGACAGGAUGGACGGAAGUGACUUUGAGAGCAGCGGACCACGGAGCUUGAAAAAAGGUCGGAGUCAGAAAGAAAAAAGGAGCUCCCGGGGCAGAGGCAGGCGGACCUCGGAAGAGGACACCCCGAAGAAGAAGAAGCAUAAAAGCGGGUCUGAGUUUACUGACAGCAUCCUAUCUGUGCACCCCUCUGAUGUGCUGGACAUGCCUGUGGAUCCGAAUGAGCCUACAUACUGUCUGUGCCACCAGGUGUCCUACGGGGAAAUGAUCGGCUGUGACAAUCCGGACUGUCCCAUUGAGUGGUUUCACUUUGCCUGCGUGGAUCUCACCACAAAGCCCAAAGGAAAGUGGUUUUGUCCACGAUGUGUUCAGGAAAAGAGGAAGAAGAAGUAAAGAAGAGGCUGUUGUGCCAGACUGAAGAGCAAGCUAAUAUAUUUCUUCACUCAUGUUGCAAUAUGAUCUUUCAUUUUAAAACUACCUUAUUUUGACUGAUAUUUAAUAGUUCAGUGGCCAGUUGUAAUUUUGGAUAUUUCCUAAAACAAGAAGCCACUGCACCAUUUGCACAGAACAAUCUCAUAGGGACUUGCCACAGUGACUUUAGGAGCAGACUCCCCCAUCCCGCAACCUCCCAGCACCGGGAAUGGCCACACCAUCAGUGAUGUGUGUGUGUCAGUUUGGGCUGUAGGCAAAGUGCAUGGUGCAGGGUGGACGCAUUUUAACCUGUUACACUGCCGCUGCUUUGUGACUAGAGGGUCAGCCUGAGUGUCCGUGGUUUCCAGGACUGUCUGUGGCAGCAGGGAAGCACAGCUGUUGCACCGGGAGUAAAGUAUUCUCAGGCACUGCCCCAUGCUGUACUCUGACCCUGACUGGAGACCAGGGACUCUUGGCCAAGAUCCCUCGGAUGUAUCUGGAAGGGACUGGGGGCCCUUCCCCGGUGGAAGCACCCUCUGCGGUCUUGUGCGCCACCGUUUCCUGUGAACUUCCAGCCCCCUUUGGAGAUUGAGCUUCCAUUAGCCUUGGACUGUCAGUUACCAGAGCCAGCACUGCCCCACAGCGGACACAGCCAGGCUGAGCUUCCAGCUCUCUGGGGAUUCCCGCCUAUAUUAUUUUACUGUGAAGAUGAAAUUAUUGUACUAGCAUGAAGGUCAUGGGUCCGUGUGUCUAUGAAGUGAGUCUGUCUACUGUGAGCUGGUUGUAGAACUCUGCUGGGUUGCAUCCCACUAGGCCAGCCGCUUCUGUUCAAGGGGACUGUGAUUAUGUGACAUGAUUUGUGAUUCUGUGUGCUCAAUAGCAGUUCUGGAAUGAAGGUAGGAAACUAGAGUGCACUCUUUGUUUGACCACCGUCCACAAAACCAGUGUUGAACUGUCUUAAAAUAGUUGUGGGGAUGUAUACACAGGGGCUGUUGACAUGCAUCUCUGGUGGUUCCUUAAGUGUGACAGGACCUUGAGAGCUACCGUUGACUGAGAAUUCCUCUGGCAUGUUCUUCAGUAACUCAGGCUCUCUGAGAAGAAUUAAGAGAGCCCAGCUGGUUCCCAGCCUCACCUCAGAGAAAGAGCUGCAUGACAGAGCUGGGCUAUGCAACUUCUGAUGUAAGGAGAGGCUCACUUUUUAUAUAAUGGCAGGCACAUUGUUUUCUUAUCACAGCCACAAACAAAGCAGAAGGGAGUUGUCUCUGCCCCAUACCUUGUCAUCAUGGUCAUGUUCCUACUGGACUGGAAGUCUUGCAUAGCCUGUCCUAGUGAAAGAGGGAGACAGGAGUGGCUUGUGUUUAUGCUACUGAAUAAGUUGGUCCACGUCGACCUUUCCUGGGCAGUGGGUACCAGGCAGGUUUGCUGCAGUUGAUAGCAACUGUGCAAGCUUGUCUCUAGACUUGGGAGAGCUUUGGGAAUGGAGUGGCGUUCUUCUUAGGGACCCCUCUCAGGGUCGGAUUAGGUAGACAGAACUUAGCCUUUAAAAGUUGGGAGGGAUUGUUUUUCCCUCCGCCUCCUCUUUAAAGACUAGAUCUCAUGUAUCCUAGGCAGGCUUUGAACUCGCAGUGUAGCUGAGCAUAAUAACGUUGAUCUUUUGAUCUUCUUUCCCCUCUCAAAUGCUGAGGUUACAGGUGUGCACCAAUAGAUCUGGUUUUGCAAUGUUAGGGACCAAACCCAGAACUUGUUUUAGUUUGGUUUUUUCAAGACAGGCUUUCUCUGUGUAGCUCUUGCUGUCCUGGAACUCACUCUAGACCAGGCUGGCCUCCAACUCAGAGCUUCUCCUGCCCCUGCCUUCCAAGUGCUGGGACUAGAGGCAUGCCCCACCGCCACCAGCUCCAACCUAGAACUCUGUGCAUUAGCCAAGCCUUCUCUUUAUUCUUUUAUCAUUUGUUCUCUUUCUUCAGUGCUUGGGGUCAGGCCUCAUGCUUCCUUUUAAUCUUAAAUUUUAGAUUAUUUAUUUAUUUAUUGAGAGGCAGGGCUUUAUUAUGUAAAAGACUAGCUUUGAACUUGCAGUCAUCCUGCUGGAGCUAGGCAGUGUUGGGAUUACAGAUGUGUGCCAUCAUGUCCGGACUGCUUUUUACAGUUUCUGUAAGCACAGGAAGUUUUUAAUCAGAUCUUGCCUGGUAACUAAUGCCUUAGAAGCUGGGUUAGUACUUGAGAUUCAGCCUGAGGCAGCUCAAUCCUUUGAUGGUCAGGAAGAAGUGGUGUUUACUGGUGGGGAUGUUAGAGGCUAGAUGAGCUCCAUCUUCUGGCUUCCUGAGGUCACGUCACUGCUGGCUCUUCUACCUGGGGCCAUCCUACAUAUUGGCUUCUGACUUUUAUUUAUUUUGUAAGUUUCUAUGAUUACCUGCUUUUUUCUUUUUGACAGUUAUAAUGUCAUGAAAAUAAGAUGCGUAUAGCUUGGUAAAAAACAGAAUUCAUGAGUUUGGGGAUUUAACUCAGUGGUGGAGAAACCUGCCUAAAAAGUGUGAAGCUCAACAUGGCAUUGGCUUAUGGAGGUGGACAAAGCUGCCUUUCAAAAAUGAUGGUCUAGGUUUGACCCCUGGCAACAAAAUGGGGGGUGGGGGGUGGGAUGCAGAAAGGAAAAUCUUUGGGUCAUUGUUGGAACUCUGGUGGAAGGCUUGUUCCCACUGUUACUGUGUGUGGGCGAGGAGCAAACUCAAGGAAAAGUGUCCAGCGCCAGCUCUGCCUCAGGUGCUGAGAUGCCGUGUGCACAAACGCUCUGCCCUGUUCCAGAAGCCCUCAUGUCUCCAUCGCUGGACCAGACACUCUUUCAUGCCUGCCCAUCAAGUCUUGCCUCUUGAGCAGUCCCUGCUUCAUAAACAGAGUGGGUAGGGUGAUCCCCACAGGUCAGUGUGGCAGCUGCUGUGCCCGAGCCAAGGCUGGGUGCUCCCUGUGGAACUCCCCUUGUAAGUACAUGAGUGUCUUGCUGAGAGGAGAGGAGUCCUCUUUUUUGUUUUCUGUGUACAUUAUCAAUAGUUUCUUAUAGAAGAAGCAUGGUGAAUGAGUAAAAAGCUGAGCCCCCAGAUCUGUGAACAUGUUAGUGGUGUGAUGGUCCAAGCAGCACUGACCAUUCACCUAUCCAGCAGGUGGGGUCAGUAGGAAGCAGGCUACCAGCCGUGCCUUCCACUCUGCAGUGAAGAGCCCUGUGAUGUGAGGGUUUGUGGAUGGCUGGGGAAGUGGGCACCUGCCUGCUCCUGUGUAUACAGCAUCUUGCCUUCUAUCCCUCACCUGUCCCCAGAAGGCCUUGGUGGGGAUGCUUCAAGCAAUAACACCGUCCAGAGAGCAACUCCUCCAUGUGAUCACGGUGCCAAGGCUGGCCCUGUUAGGGGCCUGGAGGUUAGGUAGGUCUUCAGGGUUUGAAAUCAGACAGUGAGGAACAUUUGCUUCAGGCUUUGAAACCCCAUUUUCUACGAACAGAGAGUGACUGACUGGUCUUCACUGCCUAUGCCGAGAGGAGCUUUAAAGGAGGGGAGGUCUAAGAAGUGUCUCUUCCCUCAGAAUGUGCUGUGGUCGUUGCUCUGCGCCACACUCCAUCCAUCAGGAUGGUCCAGCUUUAACAUGAAUGUCACAUUUCAUUUUCAAGGAAUUAUUACCUAUGUCCCCUUUGUAAAGGAGAGAUACUAUUGUAAAUCUUUUUAUUAAAUAAUGUAAAGAUGUAUAUCUGUAUUUUUGGAUCAUGGAUUAUGGAUAUAUUGUUUAAUAAAUAAAAGUAUUUUUGGGAAGAAA